UGGCCCCGCCAUGGUGGAGUACUAUGAGUUGCUGGGCAUCCCCCGCAGCGCCUCUGCAGACGACAUCAAGAAAGCGUACCGGCGGGCGGCGCUGCGGUGGCACCCGGACAAGAACCCCGAGGAGAAGGACUUCGCCGAGCGGAGGUUCAAGGAGAUCGCGGAGGCCUACGAAGUGCUGUCGGACCAGAGCAAGCGAGACCUGUACGACCGCUACGGCAAGAACGGGCUCCUGGGAGCUGGGACGGGUGACCCCCGGGCCCGGACAGGCGCUCCAGGCUUCACCUUCACCUUCCGUGGGGCGGAUGAGGUCUUCAGGGAGGUCUUUGGAGGCCGGGAUCCUUUUGCUGACUUGUUUGAUGUCUUCUCAUCCUUCGGCUCCGACGCAGGAGUCGGCUUCCGCUCCGUCUCCAGCUCCACCACCUUCGUCAACGGCAAGCGCGUCACCACCAACAGGAUCGUGGAGAACGGACAGGAGCGGGUGGAGGUGGAGGAGGAUGGGGAGCUGAAAUCGGCCCAACUCCUACGCGAUGCAGGCGGUGCAGCGGCUCCAAGCCACCAGGAGCUGCCCGACCUCCGGAGCUGUACCCCCGGGUCUCCAGCGCCGCGCCGCAGCCCCAGCGUCGCCUCCUCCUGGGGCCUGCCCGAGGACGAGGACCGGGAUGUGCAGCACAGUGCACCCUGCAGCCUGUCCGGGAUGGAGGAUGUGGGGCAGCCCCGAGCCAGUGCCAAGAAGUGGUGGGGCAGCACGUGGCGGCUGUGCAACGGGCUCGGCGGGGCGCCUGGCACGCCCCGGGAGCCCCCGGGCAGACCCAGCGGGGCUGAGAGCCCUGGCGGUGGGGACAGCAUGUGGGAGUGGGAGGAGAAGGCGGCCGCGGCGCUGAAGGGGGGGAGCAGUGCCGGAGCCGGCAGGGCCCGGGCUGCUCCCCACGAGACCGAGUCGGUGCCCGACGAGCCUGAGUUCAGCCUCAGCGACAUGUGCAAGGCGCUGGCCGAGAUCGAGUCGGGUCCUGAGGACACGGAGUCUGUGGUGUGCGGCAUCCUGUGACCCCCUACCCCAGGCGCUGGGAGCCCUGGGGCUGAGCCCAGGCCAGGCCAGGCCGUGGAGUAAAGG